AUGGACGACCGCUUGCACCGGUUUUCAGGCGUUGGAACGAGGCGUUGGACGGACACGGAGCGCCGCCUUGAGGUCUUUAGCGCGUUCGAGCGCCUCCACGCCGGACGCGGAGGCGAUGCGCACUUCCAGAAGCUGGAGACGACGGUGUCUGAGAAGCCCUUCGAGCCGUUGGGGGACAUCUGUCCCGAGGCCGAGAUCGAGCAGAAGGUCAGCAUCGUCUCCUCCGAGUCCUCGGCUCCCCAGAUCUCUCAGACCAGGCGAAUGUCUGAUGGAAAGAAAGGCCGGGACGUCGAGAUGGCUGGAGCACUGAGCACCACGCCCAGCGCCAUGCUGGCCCACGGUGGGCAACUGGGCUUUCAAAAGUUUGUGAGCCGCACCAGUCGCUACAUCGACAUGAUCGCUGGAAUUCUGGUGUUGCUGAACUCUAUGGUGAUGAUGUUGGAGUUGGAGAUGGAGGGCAGAGCUGUUGGCUUCAUCCUAGGCCAUGAGGCGACGGCCAUCGGAAUCUCAGGUCUGGGUGACGGUUCCACCUGGAGCUUGGCAGAUGUGGAACCCACCUUCCAGGUCUUGGACACGGCCUUCGUCUACAUCUUCUUGUUGGAGUUGCUGCUGCGAAUCCUGGCCGAAGGGCGCCAGUUCUUUCGUGACUGCGCCAACUGGUUCGACACUGUGCUGGUGAUCGUUGGCUUGGUAGACGUGUGGAUCAUCGUGCCGUUUGCCUCCGGUGGGGGCACCAGCGACCCGCAGAACAUCAUGAUGAUGCGUCUCUUCCGGGCGGUGAAGUGCCUUCGUGCCAUCCGGAUGGUGCGCACCUUUCGGCUCUUCCGGGGACUGAACCUCCUCGUCAAGGCCUGCCAAUGCUUUCUGCCGUCGUUGGGCUGGUCGAUGGUGCUCCUGGUGGUCUUCAUGUCGAUGGGCACGCUGAUCAUGGGGAACCUACUGCGUGACUUCAUAAUGGAUAGCUCGAAGAGCCUGGAGGACCGCGUCUGGAUUUGGAAUCGCUACGGCGCUGCCUACCGUGCGAUGUGGACCCUCUACGAGGUGACCUUUGCCGGCAAUUGGCCGACCAAUGCUAGGCCAGUGCUGGAAAGGGUCAGCCACUCCUAUGUGUUUUUCUUCAUUGUCUAUAUCACCAUCAUAGUAUUUGCGGUCAUUCGUGUGAUCUCCGCAAUCUUUUUGAAAGAUACUCUUGACGCGGCGCAGAAUGAUGCAGAGGCCUUGGUGGUUGACAGGCUAAGCAAGAAGGCCUCCUACGUCCGCAAGCUGGAGCAGAUUUUUAAGGCCAUUGACAACACAUCCGAUGGAAUGGUCACAGAGGAGAAGUUGUCCACCAUACUGGCCAAUCCAAUGGUCGUGGCUUAUUUUCAAACCUUAGACGUCGAUGUGAUGGACAGCACCGCGCUCUUUCACCUGAUUGACAACGGUCACUGGCAUUCUAUCAGGUCGUCAGGACGUGUUUUUUCCCUACUCGUCCAAGCCAGGUCGAGAUGA